CCUGCACGUUGCGCUGGGCAGGACACACCAUGGACUAUUGGUGGAUAUUGUGCAUUAUCAUGCUGCUGGUCGUACCCCUCAUUUUUUCGGAACUAAGCGACAGCUUCAAAUUUCACUUCAAAAUUGUGUCCUACUGCGUCCUAUGCACCGUCCUGUCUUUAUUGGCAGCUCCGGUUUGUCUGCUUAAAAGCCGUGGCAGAAAUGUUGAAAAUAUGAGGGUAAUUAGCGCUUUCGUGCGGACGAUUAAGUACUUUUAUGGAUUGCGGUUUGAAGUGAAGGGUAUGGAGAAUUUUCAGAUUGAGGGUCCAUGUGUCAUCAUCUCGAACCACCAGAGCAUCUUAGACAUGAUGGGGUUGAUGGAGAUUUUGCCAGAUCGUUGUGUGCAGAUCGCAAAGAAGGAAUUGCUGUUUGCUGGUCCUGUUGGUCUCAUUACCUAUCUUGGAGGGGUAAUUUACGUCAACAGAAAACGUACAAGUGAUGCUAAGUCUAUAAUGGCCGGUGUUGCACAAGCCAUGAUCAAUGACAAUUUAAAAGUCUGGAUAUAUCCUGAAGGAACCCGCAAUAACAGUGGUGACCUCCUGCCGUUCAAGAAAGGUGCUUUCCACCUUGCACUACAGGCCAAGGUUCCGAUAAUUCUGGUUGUAUAUUCGUCCUUUACCAGCUUCUAUAAUAAAGAGAAGAAUCUGUUCACAGGAGGUAGGAUCAAAGUUGAAAUCCUUCCAAAAAUUGAAAUAUCUGACUAGCAAGAUAGUGACAUCACUGAGUUGGUGGAAAGCUGCCAUAAGACCAUGCGGGAGGUCUUUUUCAGGAUCUCAAACAAGUCCCCCCAGGAGAAUGGGCCGAGCACCUGUAAUCAUUAGACCUCUUCCCUUACAGUGUCGUGGACCUAACUUAUUAGGCACCAUAGAACAACAGAGCUGUAUAUUGCGUUUCCUUUGAGCAAUGGACUUUGUUCUUUAAAAAAAAGACUUUACCAAUCAAAUUGCCAGAUAUUAUUGUCUUCUGGGCCAAUGGUUCUUAU